AGAGGGUCUCUGGGGGAUGGUAGUUGGGGGUGCCAAGCUUUUGUGCCUAGGAACAAUGGUGGGAAGCCCGGUUUACUUCCCAGGAAAAGCUCCCCACAAGGGCAUUGUUCCUGGAACGUCCCUAAACCGAGAGGCAGUUGGGGAGGGACGGGCUCGCGAGAGAACAGUGAAGAUGUGGAGCUUUAUUCCAGCCCUGCUUUGGCUCUGCACCUGGACGCUGGUAACCGGGGACCCAGGCACCUGCCCAGAGGUGAAGGUGGUGGGUCUCUCCGGUGCUGAGAAACUCACCAUACUACAGGGAUGCCCCGGGACGCCAGGCGCAGCAGGAAGCCCUGGAGAAAAGGGGGCACCAGGUCAACCUGGCCUGAGAGGGACUGUAGGACCACCCGGGAAAGCGGGACCGAAGGGGGACCGAGGAGAUCACCCAGACCCUUCCUUCCUCUGCCAGAACGGGCCAAAGAGCUGCAAGGAGCUUCUGAGCAAAGGGGAGUUCCUGAGCGGCUGGCACACCAUCUACCUGCCGGCCUGCCGGCCGCUGAGGGUCUUCUGCGACAUGGACACUGACGGCGGAGGCUGGCUGGUGUUCCAGAAACGCAUGGACGGCUCGGUGGAUUUCUACCGCACCUGGAGCGCCUACAAGAAGGGCUUCGGGAACCAGCUCUCCGAGUUCUGGUUGGGCAAUGAGAACCUCCACCUGCUCACCCAGGAUGGCGAGUUCCAGCUCCGCGUGGACCUGGUGAAUUUUAAUGACAGCAGCUCCUUUGCCAGCUACCGGUCCUUCAAGCUCAAGGGGGAAGAGGACAAGUACGAGCUUGUUCUGGGGACGUUCCUCGGCGGCUCUGCAGGUGACUCCCUGGGCCUCCACAACGGGCAGCCUUUCUCCACCUAUGACCGUGACAACGACAGUGGGACGCAGAACUGCGCCGUCUCUGUGCAUGGCGCCUGGUGGUACACGAACUGCUACCAUGCCAACCUGAACGGGGGCUACGCGGUGGGGGAGCAGAAGCGGCAGAGGUACGGCAUCGAUUGGGUCUCUGGCCAGGGCGUUGGCAACCCCUACAAACGCACGGAAAUGAAGCUCCGCUAGCCGGGGGGGGGGGGGCGUCCAACCUGUGCAUCUGCGGCACGCCCGAGACAGCAGGACCGAGCUGCCUCAUAGAUCCUCGUGCAGCAAACCAGCUUCCUCUCCCCCUGCAGCAGCUUCAGGAGCCUCCAGUAAUUACACCCCCCCCCCACCAUCUCUGGAGGGAUAAAAGACUCCUUCCUGGGAUGAUCCCCAAGGGCCCGUGAGGACAGCCCUCCUGAUGCAGUCACUCCCCUCACUCCCAGAGCAACGGGGCAGAUCCGUGCUCUCCUGGCCCUGCCAUCUGACGUUGCCUUGAGUCGUGUUGUGUCCAGAUUCUCUGGAGGCAGCUUAGCGCCAUCACGUGCCCAGAGGCAAACGCAUAGGCCACAGUGAGCUCAGUGCAUGUCCCCACACAACGCGGCAGCAUGUGAUCCUCUGCAGAAACUGCUUUCCAAUAGCGUUGCCCGGAUCAGGACUACCGACUGAUAUAGACUUUGUGUGUGUACAUACAUGUCGUUGGGCCUGUGUAUGCGUGUCAGACCCAAUUACACGCAUGUGGAGGGUAGCUCUGGCGUGUAUUUUUCAUACGAUACUGCUGCACUUGCGGCUGCUGUGUUCUGUGCACCCAAUAAAAGCAUCACUCCCGGCC